AUGUUCACGGUAGCUGCUGAUAGUCGCGCCCAGCGUGCGCUAUUGACGGGCAGUUUUCUGCUCUUUUCUUCAACUGUAGCGUUUCUAUUUUUAAAGCGAAAGCACCACCGUCAGUUUCUAUGGCGUCAGCGUUUGACCUACAAGAAACUGUCGAAAUCAUCCGAUCUUGGAGCGUCAUUCGGCUUGGAUAUUGGUGGAACGCUGGCCAAAAUUGUGUAUUUUGAACGUCAUGAGACUGGAAAUGACAAGCGCAAACGGCCACGUUCACCAUCGCUGGAUGUAGCAGCUGGAGAAAUGAAUAAUUUCUUACGUGAGCAUCAGUCAUUUGGUAGUACGGGAGUGCAGGACGUGCGACUGAGAACUUACUCGAAGACGCUGAAUGGGGUUUUUUACUUUGUACGCUUUGACAGCAACAGAACACGAGAAGCAGUUGAGUUUAUUGCAAAAAAUGGGAUCAAUCAAUCACUGAGGAUUUUACCUUGUACGGGUGGUGGUGCUCAUAAGUAUGGACCUGCUUUUAAUGAGAUUGCUGGGAUUGAACUGGAGAAAUAUGAUGAGAUCAAUUGCACCAUUUUAGGGCUGCAUCUUUUACUCACAACAUUAUCGGAUGAGAUGUAUACUUUUGAGGUUGUUGAUUUCGACUUGCUAGCGGCUUCACGACCGAAAACAAUCCCAUUGGAUGCAAAUGAAAGUGUUUAUCCGUAUCUGCUUGUUAGUAUUGGCUCCGGUGUUAGUGUUCUGUAUGUAAAGGGUUCUGAAGAUUAUGAACGUGUAAGCGGAAGCAGUAUUGGUGGGGGCACCUAUUGGGGUCUUUGUCGUCUGCUAACUCAUUGCGAGUCGUAUGAUGAAGCGUUGGAUUUGUGUGUUCACGGCUCUAGCGAAUCAGUUGACAUGAGUGUGGGAGAUAUCUAUGGUGGAGCGUAUGACAAGUUUAAGUUGCCGGCGUCGACAGUUGCCAGCAGCUUUGGCAAAAUGAUCUCGGUAUGUCGAGAAAGUGUGAGUGAUGCUGAUCUUGCUCGAUCACUGUUAGUUAUGGUCACCCAAAAUAUUGGUCAGGUAGCCUUCCUGAACGCCACCUUGUACAAGACGAAAAACAUUUUCUUUGUUGGCAACUUCCUUCGGCACAACAAAAUUUCAGCAAGGACACUGGCGUAUGCAAUUAAUUUCUGGUCUAACGGGGCAAUGGAAGCGCGUUUUUGCAAGCACGAAGGUUACCUUGGGGCUCUUGGGGCAUUUCUACGGCACGCUGAAGUAACUAACGCUCACGGUGAAGAGUUUGUGUCAGCGUCACGAGGGUCACGUCCGUUGUCCUAA